CAAAACAGCGAAACCCCACUUCGCCGGCGACCAACCGAGGCAAGCUGCUGAGAUUCCCUAUAUUUGGGGUCUUCGCAUUGCAGUCGGAAAAUUUUGGGGCAUAGCCGGGCGGAUGCUUUCGGGGUUUUCUAGGUGCUGCUUCUGCAGUGUUGCCGCAGAACGGCCAUGGCUUUUUGUGGGUUUGGGCAACCCUGGCGAUAAGUACAAAGGAACCAGACACAAUGUACAAUACACCAGCACGCAUUGCUUCUUUUGACUCUUUUUUAACAUGAUUAUUCCGUUUUAUAUUUGGUUGAUGCAGGUGGGGUUCGAGAUGAUUGAUGCAUUUACUGAGCCCCAAGGGAUUGAGAUGAACACAGUUCACUGCAAGGCUCUAUUUGAGCAGGAUUUUGUUGAUGAUGCCCCUGUUAUUCUCGGAAAGCCUCAAACUUACAUGAAUUUGAGUGGAGAAUCUAUUGGACCACUUGCUGCUUAUUAUAAACUACCUCUUAAUUGUGUGAUUGUGUUUCAUGAUGACAUGACUUUACCGUGUGGAGUGAUGCGUCUUCAAGACAAACGAGGUCAUGGAAGUCACAAUGGAUAUGAAUGGAGAAAUUUAGCUGCUUGAUACUAAGAGAAUAUUGGACAUACAUAGGAUUUUUUUUAAUUAUUGGCAUCCUAUGCUCUGGCAGAGGAAAGUUCUAUGCUAAUGCUCUGUGUAUGCAAGAUAUGAGCUGAUUAUCAGCAUAUAAGACUUGUUUCUCAGUCUGCAAUAACUCUCUUAUUUCAGAAAUGCCUUGGUUGAUGUGAUAUUUUUAUUAUUUAUUUACCAGGCUGAAGAGUGUGAUAUAUCAUUUUUGAGGAAACAGAGAGUUUCCUAGGCUGAGAAUUGGUUUGUAUCGAAUCCCCUGCUUGCAUUGUUUGAUUUGUAUCAGCUCAUUUUUUCUUCUUCUGGAAGGUGAACUAUUUAUUAUUAUGAAUUAUUACUUUGUCAGGUAUCGCAAGCGCAAGGCCACCAGGUCAAAUGGAUCCUAAAGCAUUCUUGCUGCAGAAGUUCAAUGCAACAGCUCAAGAACGAUUAAGAUCUAGUGCUACUUGAUCACAUUAGAAAACUCCUUCACAAGCAAGUUCCUCCAUUAUAACUGAAACAAAUAAUUUCAUCAGAAGAUCUACUGGAUCACAUGCUGAUAGUGCAGUACCUCUUUAUCCCCAGAAUUUGAAAAUAGAUUUGUUUUCUUCAAAUAAUCACAAGGAUAAUUGAUAAAGAGUUCAUGAGAGUCACUUUGUCAAUAUGAAAUAAAAUUAUAUGUUCCUUAUUUGCAUGUAGAUUAUCCUUCAAUCAAAUAUAAUGGUAUAGUGUGUAUGUGAUUGGAGGAACAACAAAGGAGACAAAGUAUGAGCGGGACUAGCUUGUAGGCUGUCAAUAUAUUUUGUUUGGAUUUGUACGUUUCAUUAAUUAUGUAUAGUUUUAUCUUUAGAUCACAAUCUUCACAUAAAUUUUAACAUAAUUA